UUAAAAACUUCCUUUAUUUAAAAAGAAAAAAUAAAUUUACAGUAACGGAAUUGCUGCUAGACAGCGAGAAAUCCUUACAGAAUAUUUCGUAACGAAAUAGAUGAAUGCGAUCCAUGCUGACAUAGGCAAUAUGAAUAUAUAAAUUGCAUAACAGAAUGACUUUUUUUAAUGUAAAAUCCAUAUUAAUUUUUUUAAUUAAAGAAGGAUUUUUAAUGUAUGCUUAUAAAAUGCUAUAAAAUUUUGGUCGUAUCUAUAAUCUAGUCGUCACUAUUGACAAAACAAAAAAUAAAAGCUCAAAAUUUCGCGGGGUUGGACUCUUCCCUUUAUCUUUUUCCUUUACUUUCAACAGUGCUCCUUUCCUGCUAAGUUCACUUGUCAGACUCCUUCGGAGCAAAGCACAGCACCGCUCGACGCAGAGCACAGGAGCGUUCGCCACUCGGUGAGUAAACGGAAGCCUCGCGCGGGAAGAGAAUCGGUCUGUCGUUUUUCCACGCGGCUGCAUCCACUCGCCACUUCGCCACUGCUCGUGUGAUAGAAGGUAAAGGUAGACAGAGAGAGAGAGAAAGUGGGCGCUACCAGCUUGACAUCCCGCUGUACCCCGGCUACCUGUCAACUUUUCGGUACCGAACCGAAGAAGAACCAACGACGAAACCGUGUGGCUAUAUCGUGGCGUGUAUUUUCUUUCUCUUCGCCGGCUCUAUUGCCAGCUGUAACUAAAGGGUCUUCUGCUCCGCUUUCUUUCCAUGCUGAACACCUGCGCCCCUACUAUAUUUGUGUCUCUGCUUUGUAUCUGUUCGGCGCUGGCUCUACUACUGGUGCUGCUGCUGUCAGUGCUCCAGAAAGAAAGAGAGAGAAGGGGCGACAAAGUAGGCCGUGUCGGCCGCGAUACCAGCCCAGCGAUCGCGGUAUUAUUGGAAGCGUGUCGAGUACAGAGAGACGGAUAGGGAGUUGUGUGAUGUGGUGCAUAACGAGCAGAGUCUGUCCGUCGCCGCCGCCGCCGCCGCCGCCGCCGCUGCUGCUGCUGCUGCUGUCGGCGUUGCCGUCUGUUUGUUGACUGUCUCCAUGCUGCUAUCUUUAAAUACUAGCUGCUAUGCUAGUUGGGCGGAUGGCUUGAUGCCUUUCUACUGCCGUAUAGCUCUGCCGCUCCGACUGGUUUACUCGUCUCCCUGCUGCUGCGUUUGACUACAGUCAGGGCAGCAGUUACUGCAGCUACUGAUCGUCUCUGCUCUGUGCUGCUGCGACCGCCGCCGCUACCAAGUGAAUCGCACUCUUUUAGCUGCCGGAGCUCUUAGAGACAGCUCCGCUGCUGCCGUCGCUGCAGCGGAGUGCGGAGGAGGGGUGAAGACGGAUUGCUUGGAUCGUGACAGUGGCCGUAGCUAUUGCUGCUGGUGACUGCCGUCGAUGGGUUUUGUGUGAAGCCAUUACGAACGCUGAUUGGGAUGGGUUGACUGCGGCUUCUGCUGUUGUCGAAAGCUGCAGUCGCCGCUGCUAUCGGUGGAUCGGCUGACACGAUUUAGUUAUGCACUGUGAUUAUUAUCACUACGACAUCUUGUAGUGUUCCAGUUAGCGUGAAGGAAGCAAACGGAAGGUGUGCGUGUCAUCGAUCAUGGCUUGGGUUCGCUGUGUCGGAGUAGGUGUAUACAUUGGUGUGCGUGAGUGUGCAGAUGCGCCUGUGCCGUUCGUAGCACUGCUGCUGCUGCUGCUGUGACAAAAAAAUAUAGUGGAUCCGUACAUGGAGAAGCUGGAAGGCUGCCGACAUUAAUGAAUGGCUGGCUGGUCGAUACUGGUCAGCAGAGCUGCUCUCGUAGAAGAUAAUGGGCAGAAACGAUGGGACUGCGAAAGACGAUUCGAGCUAGCUAGCAGGAAACGGGAUUGCAGGACGCUCCUCGUAAAUGCCGCUACAUAGAAAAGAAGACACAGCCGCACGCUCGUGAACUCUGCACGACACAUUGUGUUCUAUUCGCGCACUUUCUAGCCCAUUGAUACUCGAAGUAAUGGUAGCACGACUGGACGGAGGGGACAAAUGUUCGAUCAAUUCAACCAGUUGAUUGUACGAGCCCUAGCCAUGCAAUAACAGCAGCGGCAGUAGCUUCAGUAAAUCGAGCGGACAUCUCCUACUGUUGUGUUAGAGCGAGUUUUUUAGCCAGAGUUUUUGCCAAAUGUCGUAGUACACUGUUGUUUUUUCAUUGUCGUUAUUGUUGUUGUUGUUGUUGUUGUUAACGGUGAGAACGGUUGUCGUCACAGCAUCCUAGAUUGCUGCGGCUGCUGCUGAGAUAGCCGAAAUUGGCUUUCUGGGCAUAAUCGCCCCCUUUUUCCCGAACGGAAGCAUCCGUCAUACUGCCAGCGACUGUUCAUUCAAACAACAAAGAGGUAGCUAGCUGUUAUCUGGCAGAAGAUAACAAAUAACCAGUUACUUGACAGCCGCUCGCAUUGAGCAACGGUUAAGCAGCCGAGUAGUAAUACUGAACUGUGCGUGGCCACCGAAACAUCAAUGACAUAUUCUACGGUGCUACCACACUAUGGUAAAGAGAACUGUAGCAGCCCAUGAUGAUAUAAGCACAUCUUCGUCAUUAUUGCUUUGACCACACCUUGAAUUGAUCACUGAGAAAGAAGUGUUCGUCCGGAGUUAACUGCUGCUGCUGCUCCAGCUGCAGCUUGUACGGAAACAGCAGUAAAGUCCGUGCUGCAACUCGAUCGCAAGAACAACAACAAUAAUAGUAACUUUCAUAGGAACGGUGUUUCACAACCAAUAGAUUCGUGUCAAAAACCAAAACUCUCCCGUUCAGUCUUUUUGCGAGAGCUCGCCGUUGUAAACACCUAUUGCAGAACCUGUCACUUACACAGAGCCCUCUAGAACGAGCUAGGCUAGGUGGCAGGGGGUUGCAAGGGCGAACCGUUCAAGCCACUGAGCGAGCAGCAUCAACAGCGGCGGCUCAACUCUUUCUAACCCUGUUACGUCUUUCGCGCUCUCACGCUGCCUUCUAAAUGGGUAGGGGGUAACGCUGUAGAACGACAAAGCGCAUCAUCAAAGAAGGGCAAACGAUAGUAAAUCUACUGUGAUAUCAGCGCUGCGUCUGCAAACAGCUGAGCAGGAUGGUAUUAGCGAAUCAAGUGCGGACGAAUGAAAAGACGCUCGCAGAUGAAAAACAAAACAAGGGAGUACAGUACCGAUUCACGGCCCUGCGCUGAUGAUGCAGUUUAAUGCGGAGAUUCGUGCUGCAGAAACCGCUAUUCGUGACUGGAUUGGCCGUGAAGAUAUUUCAUAAACAACAAACACACAUAUCCGGUUUUGGUAGUGUGGUCGGUUUUAUGGCGUUUCGGAACUAGGCAGGUCAGGACGUAUGAGAAAAUUGUUGGUGACGCGAAGUACCGCAGUAAUCCGUGUAUACGUCUUUCACAAACUGAAGCCCAUGAGGGUCCUGGUAGAACUGUAUAGAAGAAGUCGUUUUGCUGGCGGCAGCAGUACCCCCAACUGCCUAUGCGGGCUUGUCGACGAACAGCCACAAGUUGACGACGACGAUAUUCCCCGAGCGAAAUCGUAUCUGGUAGAAUCCACUUGCAAUUAUCAAUCAAGUGAUAAAUUGCUAUUAUCAACGAACAAAAGCAACCAGUGAUUGUGAAGGGGACAGCGAACAUGCGCAUUUGUGUGAAGGGUUAGGGGUAAAUUAAAUCAUUAUUGAAUACAGUGAAGUGGAAGUGAAUUCCGUAUGCUCCGCAGCGCAAGUAAAAGUGGAAAAAACACAUCGUUCUUAGUUUGGUUGCUGUCAAAUCCAAAAAUAACGACAAUAACAGGUACAGGCCAUCGCUUAAGGGACUUCUGCAUCUUUAACAAUUAAGUGAAAAUUGUUUGUAUCUAUAUUUGAAUCUCAUGUUACUGAUGACGCUGACGAUGAGACUGCGUAAGUCAAAUGAAACAACGCAGCAGGUCGAACGACUCUAGUGUGGCAACAAGAGCAGAAUAAGGGUAAUCGGUUAGCGAUCGGAUUCUGGAAUGAGGAAGUUCGGCAGGUACGGAAGAUUUGUCGAAGAUCGCUAUGUGUCGAUUCACAGUAGACAGAACACUGACUGGGAGAUGGGCAUGAAAAGUUGCCGUCGUGUCUCCGUUAAGUGACGACAACCUCACGUCAGGGGGGUGGCUUGGAUCAUAGCUACGGCAACAACACGCGCACUCGCAUAACUUCAUCAUCGACGUAUGUCCGAACGGAACAAGAAGAAACGUCAAACAACUAUUCUCCUUUCCCUAAGGACACGGCAGAAACCCACCGUUCUCUAGAUACGCGUCCACAAACGCCGUAGGGUGUCUAGCACUAUUAGCACCGUCACUUCCGCCACUGCCCUACCGUAACAAUCUAUCGAAUCAUCGUAAUUUGCCGUGUGUUUGGCUUGUAGAAGCGAUAUAUAUAUAUAUAUAUAUAUAUAUAUAUAUAUAUAGAUAUAUGUUAUUAGCGAAAAAAAAAUACAUGUGUGUGCGGAAAGCAGAACUAGGUGAAUCGGGGUCCUGUAGAAGAUGUGCGUUAUUGUAUUAGCGCAGUUAGUCGAUCACCCCGUGAUAUUGUUGGCGUGAGCAUAUAUACAUAGAAAGAUAGAACAAGCCAGGAAGCGGAGGAAACUGUUUAACAAACAACUCCCCCUCGUCAUACCGCGACGACUCCAACUGGAAAAGUUGCAGCAUUCGUGUGUGCACUGGCUAGCACUAGCGCAACGGCACGAGUGGCCCCGUAAUGAACUACAUGAAGAAAUUACUUGGUGGUGGGGGUGCGGGGCCCCCGCCGCUGGCAAACCAGGACCCACAGGAUGCCCUUGGCUUGACCCAUCUGAAUAAGCUUUAUGGUGAAUUGGCCGAACCCUCAGAGCCACUCACUCAGGCCGAGCAGCAGUUAAAACUGUACAACAUGCUCCCGCUUUUCUGCAAAGUGUUUCACAGCUGCCCCGCCGAGAGUAUGCAAGCCAGCUUCGAGUACGUCGUACCGUUCGCCAGAGCCGUAGCUAAACUACUCGUAAGUGAGAUCCGUCGGCGAGCCUCAAAUCAAUCAACAGAAACGACAUCAUUAGCAAUCGCACACUUUCUCGAAGUGUCACCUACUCCAGGUGAAGCCUCGCGUGGCUGGCUACUUCUAACAGCCAUUAAUCUGUUAGCAGGAGCGGGACCGCGGGUGAUCGAGGCCCUAGCAAGUCAGGCAUUGCCCUCUACGCUAGUCAAGUGUCUCUACCUGUUCUUCGAUCUGCCAGUGAUCAAUAACAACAUGCAACAACAGCCCGACAAUAAACAACAGAACGAAGAUUUAGCACAACAACGACAGGAGCAUCAACAACGACAACAAGCGUCUGAUGAGGACAAAGAUAAACCAGGCAGCAACCAGAAGCGGCCAGAAGAAGAUAUCGAGCGGCGAGAAUCCGUACAGAUUAAGCAGGCAGAGUCAGCUGAUGAAACUUUGUCCACCGGCCAGGAGGAAUUGACAAGUGCUUCGACGACCGGAUCAGAAAUGAAUAGUAAUAAACGAACCGGACCCGCCGAAUCAGCGCUGGGGGCCACGUUAAGCCAUAGGUCAUGUGAAACGACGACCGUUAAUACGGGCAGCGCCACUGGAAUCUCCGAGCAGGAGAGACGAAUUUUGUUGCAGAAGAUUUUUGCUCAGCUCGUGAUGCGCCUAUGCAGUCAGCCAUGUUCGGCAGAGGAACUAGCCCAUAAGGACGAUCUCGCUCUGCUAUUUUCAGCGAUCACGACGUGGUGUCCGGAGCACAAUGUGACUUGGCGUAAAAGCGCCGGCGAAGUGUUGAUGACGGUGUCGCGACAUGGCCUAAGUAUAAUGGUCGUUAAUUAUAUGCACAAGAGACGUUGUCUUACUUCGUGCAUUGAUAACAUGCGGAAAAGGAUGCACGAAUUCAGCUCGGGACAGGUCCUAGAGAUGUUCGUCUGUCUUUUCUGUCUGCUCAAGGAUUCAAGCGAGAUCAGCCAUGUCCUUCUCGACGAAUUUUCCUCGUGUUCCGGUUACGGACUCGUGGCAGAGUUCAUGCUGCGUUGCGAAUCGGAGCUAGAUAAAGAAAUAGGCAACGACCAAAACAACAGGUCACAAGACAGGGGUAAUACGGGUACAGAUGUACCACAGGCCGGCCAGAAGACGUUUGCUGCAAGCAGUGGCAGCGCAAACAAAACAGUCAAAGAUAACAACUCAAGUAACCAACAGAAUCGGUCACACAUGGAAACUGACGUGCAAACCCUUAGCAGAGGAGAAACUGAGCAGGUGCUUAGCAGUCUAAGCGUCCUGCUCACGUCCCUGGUGACGUGCGGGUCCGAACCGCUGAAACCGGUUCAUCCACAAAGCUUGUUCCACAUGGACGGGUUCGUCUUACCGCCGGCGCUAGCCCGAGGCACAUGCGUUCGCAACCUGGACGCGUACAAAGUGAUCGAGAGCUGCUUCUGGCGUGCGCGCACCGAUCGCUUACAGAGCCUCUUACUAGAUAGUAUGGCCAGCAUCUACAAAGCGGACCCAGCCAAUUAUUUUAUACUCGAUACGAUCUAUCCACUAUCAGCGCUGCUCGACCGAAUGCACAACAAACCGAAGCGAGUGCAAAUAGGCCUGCUGAAACUGGUCGAAUACGUGCCAGAAAAUUUGCGCUUCGUACCCUGCAAGGAGCUGGUGGCCGUUAGCAACGUGAUUAAAGAGCCUGACUGCUCUGAGGAGACGGCGUUACUCUGUCUUGAAACACUUCAGAAUGUCCUUAAGGUUAAACCGUCAUUGUAUAAGAACGUGUUUCGUGAGGUGGGCCUGCUUGAGGUGCUCGUACUUCGGUUGCAGCUUUUUCGCGAUGAACAAGAAUUGGUUCAGCCCAUCAUCGAUGUACUUCAGGCCCUGUUGUCAGGUUCUCAAGAGAACUGCAGCGUAUUUCGCGAUUCUGGCGGGCUGAAAUAUGCACAAGGUCUGCUGCGUUCAUCGCGGUGCCGUCCCCUGGCACUCGGCCUGUUUAAGGAAGUGAUGACGUCAUCGGCCUCCCCAGACGAAGAUAUGACGUGGUUACUUGCCGCUGUACCAACCGCUGACGCCCAGGUCGAGCUAAAGAUUGACUGCUUGCUUGCGCUACAUGGCCUUUUGGCUGAAAGCCACCGCAUUCGGAGCGUUUUCCGAAAGGUAAACGGUUUCGUUUAUCUCAUGACCUUGUUGGCCUGCCUUGAGGGGUGCCUAUCACCAGCCCAGGCUCCCCUGCGUCCCCCGCAACUUUUGCGUCUCAUUCGUACAAUACUUGACACGAUCGCAGUAGCAAUGAGAUACGAACCUGCCAACGCUAAGGUUUUCGCCAACGAAAUCUGCGCAACGAACUCGCUGGUCGAUUCGCUCAAGUUGCUGGGCUGUUUCGCUUGCGGCGAGGACGGCAAAGAGAAGAGUCUCGAACAAAUUCACGCAGUGUUUACUGGCGAUGCAAAAGAUGAUGUUGAACGUUACGACCAUCUAGAUGUGUGCACGCUGAUCAUGCGUUUUCUUUACGAUAUGGCCGUUGACUGCAAUACGACCGCUACAAAGCUACUGCUGCAAACAGGUCAGAAUUCCCAUUGCACAGUAUUGCCCCCAGGGGCCGCCCUGUGCCUUUCGUUGCCACCAACAGAAGACCCUUUGAUCGUACACUCGGGUGUAGUGAUAGCCCUGCUACAGAUUUUGCCCUCGCUCUGCGAUCGCAACGUCCAACUGUACGUGGCUGAACUGCUUAGAUCCCUGGUCCGCACGGAAAGAAACCAACAGAUCAUGUGCCAGGCCGGACUCGCAGGUCAAUUACUUUCAAAAAUGAAAAACGCCUUGGAGGACGAAGGACAUCAACUGCACAUCGUUAUACAAUACAUGUUGGAACGAUUAGCGGCCCAAGCCCUUGAGCCGCGCGAACUACGAUCUUUCUUGCGACUUGGUAGUCCACUUCGAUGUGACGGGCCGUUUAAAGACGGCGGAGCCGUACCACUAACUCGGAUAAAAACUCUCGUCUCCAUGACAACUCCCAAGGAUGGGCCAACAUUAUCAACAGUUUGUGCCGCUUUUGUCGAGCUGUCACUUUCACGUGAAGGCUUUUCCUGUCUGUUUUUACCUUCCGUAGCACCUCAGUCGCUUUCGGGCCCAGCUAUGGUGGGUGUCGUGGCAGCAGACAGCGUUCUCGGGGGUAUUGGCGCAGGCGAUCGAGUCUUUCCCCCGCAGACAGGUCUGACGUUUUCAACGUGGUUCAUGGUGGAACGCUUCAGCGGGUCGCAUUGGGUUCGGUUGCUGUCAAUUUUCCGACAACUUCGAGAUGAGCAGACACCGUGCCUUGGGCUGGAGCUCUCAGAGAAGGAGCUGCGCUUGCAGGUGAACCUUGAUCGAGCCACUAUCUCGCUAGCUCGUGCGGUAACCGCUGGUGAAUGGCAUCACCUUGUCGUUUGUCUUACCCGAUCUGUCCUCAAGAAUAACUGCUCGCCGACGGUCUAUUUCGACGGAGUCGCUCUGCAAGGCAGCUGCUCUAAGAUGAGCUACGUGCCGCAGUAUUCGGGCGCGGGCUCGCAAAAUAUCUUUGCGAUCAUCGGCACUACACCCUCGCAGCGGCAGGUAUGCGCAUUGACCUGGAAACAGGGUCCGUGCCAUUUGAUUGAAGAGCCAUUGACCGAAUCAGCAGUUGUACACCUAUUCACCCUGGGUCCGUCCUAUGUUGGAUCACUGCAGAGCGCACCGCCAGGUGGCAUAGGGCCAAGUCAAGUUGGUUUAGGUGGAAUGCAGGUGUCCGAAGAGCGUAUCACGUUCGGGCUGAACGCGACCGCCGUUUCGACGAUGACGUUAGCCAAGAUGCGACGCGUCUAUUCGAAGCACGACUGUAAAGCGAUCGCCAAGAUGCUGGGGCUGUCUUCUCACGAGAACGCCACCCCAAUUCGCAUCCUGCACAACUCGGCCGCACAUCUCGCAGGCGCCGCAAGAUCACUAGGCGCCGUCCUCAUAGGCUACCUAGGAGCACGCACAUUUGUGCCGCGACCUGUGGCGGUCACCAUGGAAAGUGUCGGUGGUACCGCCGCACUACUCGCGCUAGUCUCAUAUGCUAGCAACGUAGAAUCAUUGUACGCCUCGCUCAAAGUGCUCGUUUGCGUGGUCCGGGCUAAUCGGCCGGCCCAGCAAGCGAUGGAGCGUACGAAAGGCUAUCAAAUCGUGGCGGCUGUUCUUCGCAACAAGAGUCAACUGCUCAACUGCCAUAUCUUGCACCUCGCGCUAAGCUUGGUGGGAAGCGCUGAGUGCGCUCCCACAGCGGCUGGCCGACACUCUGUUGCCCCAUUCCGGGACGUUCUCUGCAAUCUCGACGUGUGGCGCGAUGCCGCGCACGAUCUACAGCGAUCCCUCUACGAACAUCUCCUUCAAGUGGCAUCUGAUUCAAGCGAGACGGUAUCGCUGAUGCGAGAACUGGAUCUCGUGUCGAAGAUUCUCUACACGCUUUCGGAACCCGGCAGGAUGGCACCGCAGACGAUUGCUACGUGCUGUGAUCUUUUAAGGCUGUUGCUACAAAACACGUCUCGCAACAGUGACAUCCUUCGUUUUGGCCAAUUCAUCAUAUGGACCCUGCCUGCACGAGAUCAAGACCCAGUAUUCACCAACUUGCGGGUUAAAUGCCUCCAGCUACUUAGCACAAUGGCUGCCCCAUCAAAGGGAGCCGUUAACACAGGCCUUUGCGAGCAAUUGGCUCGGGUGCUUGGCCUGGACUGGUUCAUCGUCCUGCUGUCCUCCCACCUGGAUCCUAGUACCCAGUUAUUGGCGCUUCAGCUGCUCUCAUGCAUGCUAUGCCAUCAGACUCUCCUGGUGAAGUUCCGCGACGCCAGCUGUAAUGGCGGAUGGCUCCAGGAGACCGACCCAGUUCUGUUAGGACUGCGUGUGAGUACUCAAUCAGGUGCCAUUAAACAAGAGACGUUGCAUGUCCCGGGCUUUCAAUCACUGGAGUGGGCCCUCUCGAAAAUCCAUCCAAACGUGACUUUUAGCAACAUGUUGCUCGCGAUGCUGUUUUCACGGCCGGUGACGAAGCUCCCGUGUGAGAUAGUGGAAAGCGGGCCGAUCAACAAUGACAUGUUCGUUAUGCUCUGCGCCGUCCUGCGAGCAAUGGUGGCGAGCGGUAACGAUGCAGCAGCUAUGGCCAUCCUCGACGUCAUCUCACGAAGAUGGAACGACCUGGUCAGCUACUGUGUCAAUAACGAGGAUUCUAUCGCGGCUCUCGCAUCGAUAGUUUUCCCCCCGAGCAGCAGUCCUGCUCCCCCAACGGAUGAGGUCCAAUCGCCAGCCACCGGAGCUGCAAAGGACGACCUUACACCAGGAAGCGUUAAUCUCCAUUCAGGGGAAACCGUCGGUCUUACUUUUGCACUUCUCACCAAGCUUAUGCUCGAGGGUUUAGCCUCAGUACAGAACACACACAUCCUCGAGAACCUAAUGAACAUCGAGUAUUUGGCAAGUUCGUUACAACAACAACGUCAGUUUAGUACUCUGCUGCUGGCGAACACCAUCGCCGAAUUGAGUGACCGCGACCUAUCUAACCUUUCGCAGAGUAACGUCACUCAGUUCGUUAUAAGUAUUGUUGACAAACUCUGGCAGGGUGCGCUCACCGCUCCACCCAUCACCAUCGUCAACUUUAUAUCGAGGGUGUUUUUAACAAAUGGCGGUAUUCGAAAUUACGACGUACUUCGAUCACUCGGCCGUACAGUAUUAUUUGUUCUAUCGCGGGACAACUCAGCUAACAACGGCUUACCCAACGAAGGCCUAUCGGAUCAACUUCAAUGUUUGCACCUUCUUAUCAGCAACGAUCAGCUGUUAAAUCUCGAUCCUGAAAUACUCGCGGCAUUGACGUACACACUCGUUCAGUUUGCCCAGCAGUGUCCUCAGCUACCGAUGGAGACGGUUCGUCGUACGACUAUACACAUCUCGCCGAACGACGCGUCGCUGGCUUUGGCGUCACAAGAGGAAGCUAACCUGCUAAUGGCCGCGGCCGCUUGUAAACUAUGGCAGAUAGUGUACGAACGGAACCGAAGUCAGCUCGAGGACUGCUGCCGACUGCAGCUGGCGAACAGCAGUGGAUCAGAGGUGCCUGACCUAUGCCAGCUUUGGGAGACCAACCGGGAGCCCCUCCACAAAGCUUGGAUUUCUUUCCAUGCAGCCGAAAAGGCCGGGAAAGGAAGUGGGAUAGGAUCUGCGGAUAUCUCAUCUCAGAUUCAAAAUCGGGUGUCCCGGUUGACUGGGGGUUUGAGCCGUCUCGCAAGUCGAAAGAUCCGCAAGGUGGCGGUCGUAGCCAGUGCGGCGCACACGCUCGCCUCUUCGGGGGUGAGCGCGGUCAGUGGCGCGGGUGCCGACCCCGUCGCCCUGGGCAGCAUGGCUAUGGCGAACGCUGCCACCGCAACGGUAACAGUUACGCACAAGAUUUCCCAGUCGAUCAACAUUAACAUGAAUAGUAAUAGUCCAGUCGUCGUAAAUCACGCAGGGCACGCCAACGUGGCGAACCUCUCGUACGAAGAGUACGACCUGUGGACACAGGUCCAUAUUGCCAUCGUCCAUGAUUUAGUUGAUUUGCGGCUGAAGCAAUUGUACGCCAACUGUAAGCACCUUCACCAGCAUGUGAUGCAGGAGUGGAUGCGCAUGGAGGAAGGCUUAAGUGCCGAGCGGGGACUGUGGGGCCCUAGGGAGCCUUGCUCGCUCGACAAAUGGAUGUUAGACGCCACCGAGAGCGGGCCUUGUCGAAUGCGUAAACGUACACUCAAAAACAAGCUCUUCUAUCAACAUUAUCCGUACAUCGAGCAACAGCCCAAUCAGCAGCUAAAAUAUAAGGUGGCAACUAGUUUAGAUAGCAAAUUGUACUAUGAACAGCUGGGUCAGCUGCUUUCAGGCAGCGGGCCGAGCUCGCCCGACCUUGUAGGUCGUCAACAGUCGCUGGCCUCCACUUCCAGCGUCUACGAAGGGCUUGUAAGCUCCAGUAGUGCUAUUAAUAAUAAUAACCAAACAAGCGGGACGGUCAAUAGGGGUGCAAUCACAAACAAGCACCAGUCUUCGGAAAGCGACGAAGAGGAGCCCGAAGGUGGUCAAGUGGGUGGGCAAGUCGGCGAGGGCGAAGGGGCAAAUCACAGUCCUCACAGUCAGUCCGUUGAACGACUUCUCGAAGAAGGCGACAAGAUCACCCACAUGUUCCGAUGCGCCCGGGUUCAAGGUUUAGACACGUGGGAAGGCUUGCUGCUAUUUGGCCGCGAGCACUUCUAUGUCGUCGACGGCUUCACGUUACUGAAAACUCGCGAGAUUCGUGAUAUCGACUCGCUACCCGAAGGUCUUCACGAACCGAUCAUUCCAAAUUGCACGCCUGUAACAUCGGCGUCUCGAGCAACCGUUGCGCAGGGCCGAACCUGCUCGAAAUUCGGGUAUGAUGAUGUUCGCGAAGUGCACAAAAGACGGUACCUCUUGCAGCCAACAGCACUUGAGGUGUUCUCCGCAGACGGGCGCAAUUAUUUGCUUGUGUUCCCACGCAAAUUGCGCAAUAAGGUUUAUGCGCGGUUCUUGGCUCUCGCUACUGGAAUCACCGACUCAGCUCAAGAAAGUUUAGCUGGCCAACGAAGAUCUGCCAACGUAGAAAGCGGGGCCGGUAUCCUGUCCUCGCUUAUAGGAGAGACCAGCGUGACGCAGAGGUGGUUGCGCGGGGAAAUAUCCAACUUCCAGUACCUCAUGCAUCUAAAUACUCUGGCGGGACGAUCGUACAACGAUCUGAUGCAGUACCCGAUCUUUCCUUGGAUUGUUGCUGACUACAAUUCCGAGACAUUAGAUCUCACUGACCCGAAGAGCUUCCGUGACCUCUCGAAACCAAUGGGAGCACAAACGCGUGAUAGGCUCGAGCAGUUUUGUCGACGUUUCAAGGAAUGGGACGACCCAGAGACACCACCUUAUCAUUAUGGAACCUUUUACUCCUCGGCGAUGAUAGUUGCCAGUUAUCUAGUCCGCAUGGAACCCUUUACUCAGCACUUUCUCAGGCUACAGGGCGGACAUUUUGAUCUAGCCGACCGGAUGUUCCACAGUAUCAAAGACGCCUUUACAUCAGCUUCAAGGCACAACAUGGCCGACGUAAAAGAGCUGAUUCCAGAGUUCUUCUACUUAGACGAAUUUCUAGUAAACAAGAACCGUUUCGAUCUCGGCGCAAAACAGAGUGGUGUUCAGCUAGACAAUGUUGUCCUGCCCGCGUGGGCAAAGGGCGAUCCUCGCGAGUUUAUCCGCCUCCAUCGAGCGGCUCUAGAGAGUGACUACGUGUCGGCUCAUUUGCAUGAAUGGAUCGACCUGAUAUUCGGCUUCCGGCAACAGGGCCCCGCCGCCAUCGAAGCUGUCAAUGUGUUUCACCACCUGUUCUACGAGGGCAACGUUGAUAUCUAUUCGAUAGACGACCCCCUGAAAAAAAACGCCACAAUCGGCUUCAUCAACAACUUUGGUCAGAUCCCGAAGCAGCUGUUUAAAAAACCGCAUCCCGCUAAAAAAGUCGAUUCGGGCUUAGUCAGGCCACUGUUCUAUCAUAAAAUCGAGUCGCUCCGACCGUCCAUGCAUCCGGUCAAGGAACUGAAGGGCCCGGUAGGACAGAUUGUCCAGCAGGAUCGAUCGGUGCUGGCAGUCGAGCAGAACAAGAUGCUGUUACCACCUAACCAGCGCUUCGUGUCCUGGGGUUUUGCGGACUAUUCGCUACGGGUAUGCAGCUACGAAACUGGACGAUGUCUGCUCGUCUGGGAGCAGGUGCCGAGUGGCGAAGUGCUCUGUGCCACCUGUCCCGAUGCCAAAACCAUCAUCACGGCCGGCACCGCCUGUGUCCUGAGUGUGUGGACCGUUACCCCCAAGCGGCUCGAGCUUCGGGACCAACUCGCUGGCCAUACCGAGCCUGUCACAUGUAUCGCCUCGUCAAGACCAUUCAAUCUGAUCGUGUCUGGCUCCCGCGAUGAAUCAUGCAUCCUGUGGGAUCUGUCUCGGUUGACAUUUGUUCGUCAAAUCCCUACAGAAUUCGGGGCUCCUGUUGCGUCCGUCUGUAUCAACGACGUUACUGGCGAUAUUGCCGCUUGUGCCGCCACUAGACUAUAUAUUUACAACGUGAACGGGGUGCCAAUUGCGCAUGUUGACACCGCGGCAUCAUUAACAGCUGGUCAGGCCCGUGGCCAACAAAUUCUUUGUGUGAGCUUCUCUCAAUUGAACGAAUGGGAUAAAGACAAUGUCAUUAUGACUGGAUCUUCCGAUGGCGUUCUUCGAAUGUGGUCACUUGCAGUCGACCAGGAAGGCACCUCGAUCGUGCUUCGAGGCAAACUCACCAUGCAUACGGCAUUCGAGCGACCGGAUAAUAAAGAGCCGGCGGCGGUGACUGCUGUGGGAAUCUCCAGGGACCAUCGGCACGUGUAUGUCGGAGACGCGCGUGGCCGGGUGUUCCAGUGGAGUGUUUCGAGCGAGACCGGAGCACGUUCUGACCACUGGGUGCGAGACGAUACAGCGGAACAAUGCAGCAAUCCCUUGUGUCAGGUGAAGUUCUCGCUUACCGAAAGGAGGCACCACUGCCGGAACUGUGGCCAACUGUUCUGUGCUAAAUGCAGCCGUUACGAGGCACAGAUCAGCCGAAUCGACGCAGAAAAAAGCGUUCGCGUAUGCCACGCCUGCUUUCUGUCACUGUCGACGGCAAGCAGCUGAGCAGACGAUGUGGUGACAUCAUAGCAGAAGAGUUCGUACUAGUGAACUAAUGAGAUAUCAGCCAAUUACUGCACAACUCAAACACGUUCGGGUAAUUAGGAUCCUAUCCCCACUUAACAGCUUUAGCUCAGAAGAUCCGGCCUAUUCAAUGAAAGCCGAGGAGAACUUUCACAAACAUAUACGUAUAUUUAAUUGUAACAUUUAAGGGCAGAGGUUCCAAAGCCUAUGAUCCAUCAAUGUAGGCCAAUUAUAUAUCUAUAGGUGACGAGGCUGGGGCACACAAAAAAUGAGAUACCAAAGGCCUUCGAUGAUUAAGGACGAGCGCUAGAUGAAAUCACCACUAGCGUAUUAGUACGUGACGCGUGAAAUGCCGUUACUGAAUACGGCACCCAUCAAUCAGCGGCUACAAGUGAUUAUUACUAGAAAAUAUUACAGCUCAUACUAUUCUAUAAUGACACCUGACCUUUUCUACGCGGGAAGUAACGACCGAAAGUGAAUAGGGUCGCCAGGUGUACGGGAUUAGAAAACAUGACGAAAAAACAUACGCAUUUUUAUGCUGAUCAUAAUAAAAUAUGACCCAAUCGAGUGGUCUUUUUAAUCGAAUUGAACUUUCUUGAAAAAGCUUCCUUGUGAGGUUUCAAAGAGAUUUCCUCCGAUUUUUGAUGGGACGAACUGCAUAUGAUAUUUUAGACAAAUAAAUGUUUUACGUGUUUUUAUAGAUGCGUGCUACCAUAGAUCCUCUUUUUCGACUGUGUUAUUACCACCAAUGAUUCUAAUUGUCUCGUGCGUACAGCUGGCGGUCCUAUACAGCAACACGGGUCUUAAUCCCGCCAGAUUAACAACGCAGUCUUCGCUGGUAGUUGAAGCAAAACAUAUUGAUUCCUGUGUCACGAAUGCGUACAACGUUGUGAUUGAUAACAAUGAAUUGCACAAAUGUCUUGACGACUCCUUGCGACCCAGUGGUCAGGAUUUAGAUACCUGUAAUGAAGACAAGGACAGCAGCGAGCCUCACACAAACUGUAGUAAUGAAGAGGCUCGUACUAGGCACACCAAUUAUUUAUUAUCGUGGUAACCAUAUGACGUUUAGGGAAGAAGCUUAGAUAGCAAAGUAGACUGGGAACUUUAAACAAAAAGUAGACACACGAUAAAAUGAAUAGAUGUGUUGUGUAAAAACGAGGCAAGAGAUGAAAAAAAUCUAUAUGGCAAAUAGGAAGUCACAACUGCAGCUGUCACCACAGCUCUAACGUGCAUCAUUAUGCAAUUGUGUCCCGCCCAACUAUUGGAAAGAAUGGAAGCUGUUGGAAGUCAGUGGAAUCCUUAUGACGGUGGAUUGUUUAAGGGCAAUAACGCCCAUCGCGUACGAACAUUUGGGUAGCAUACAUGAAAGCGUCAACCCGAAGACGCAAAAAGGUGUGUGUGAAUAAGUAGCCGCUUUACGUUACGGAUCUCCGCAUCCGCGUCCGUUUUUUCGAGCGGAAGAAACAGAUUUUCUAGAGGCAACCGUGCUUGUAGGGAAUAGAAUCAUGACUGAUGUUAGUGGCAAAUUCUGCUAAACAUAACUAGCAGUAAAGAUGGCGUGGGCAACUAAUAGUUCGGCUGAAGCCCUCUUCCAAUUAAACUAUAGAAUACGUCGAUACGUAAAGGCUAAGUCAUCAUUACAGAAAAAGAAAAUGAUCACCGACAUUUCCGGGUGUACGCAAAUACACAGUGAAAGAAAUUAACUGUCUGAACAACUUUAACGAAAAGAGGCAGAUAUAUUUAAACCUAGAGUAUGAAAGCUAAAAAACCAGCCAGUUAGGUUUAUGGAUAUAUUCUGCAAUCAGCGACAUGCCGUAAUACAUCAAACCCCAUUUUGAAACGGAGAAUGAGAUCGAUAAAGCAGACGUUAUAUGCUUGUAAAGGAUCAUCAGGAUACGAAAAAUGUGAUUCCUUUAUACAGCAUCUCACAAUAGCCAAUUUAUUUAGCGAGUUACUGGUACCAAAGUAAGCCCGUCUAAUCAUAGUUAAUCACAAACGCUGAAACGGAUUGAACAGGUUCGAGUUCACUUUAAAGCACCGUACGCCUGUAUUUAUUCGCUGGUGGUUUUUAUUGCAGAGACAGUAUAAAAUCCUCAAGUAUUUUGUUGAAGUCUAUUGCAUGCCCUCCGGUCGAAUGGCAACAUCAGACAAAUACGAAAUACGGGGCCUUCCUAGUAUGACCUUCGUGUCAAGAUUCUCCUAUGCGCUGUUUUCGUGGGCCUAUACUUUUGAUUAGUUUAUUUAUUAAUGUUAGAUUUAUAUAUAUGAUUCAGUAGCAUGUCGCUAUAUAACAAUUUAGAAUUCCAGAUAAUUCCAGCGUUGAAAUUAUAUUAUCUCUCGUUACGUACAACUGUAUAAUAUUUCCGCACAUAAGUUUUUGAACAGAUUUCAAAAUGGCUGUUAAAACAGUGAUGUGUUUAUAGUAUUAAUGCAGAGCGUAUGCUUGUUUUCGAACGCGCAUUUUUGCGUUGUACUAUUUUCGAUGCGCUAUUGCAAAAACCUAACUGAUGUUAGUGUCGGUAAUACAAAUCGUGUAUAAAAAACAAACAGCAAAGUUGAUGAUCUUUGUGCAUAAUUGCCGUUUUUUUUGUCUAAGUUUGUUGCUUGUAUGUUGAUCAUGGUCGACCUUUUAUUGCUCGCCCAGAAAAACGUAACGAAAUGAACUUGUAGUAAAACUUGAAUAAUUAGUAUCAGUAAUCAUAGAGAUGAAUGUAUCUAUCGAAUCUAAUGUUUGGUGUUGUCAUUCUUGGAUCUGGAAGCCGUAGCUCGAAGAAAUUCUGCAAUUAUAUAGCAAUCAAUUUUUACCUAAUAUAAUUAAUUCUUCGCUCCAAUAAUCACCUGGUUAUAUUAUUAAUUAAAUUAGUAAUUAAUAAUAGUAGAUAGUGAUCUUUACUAUUAGUGUUCUUAUUGUAAGUACUCGAAUCUUCUGAACAGCUACUAGAUUCGUCUAUUUUAAACCACGCAUAUAUCUCUCGCCUGUACUUUUUUGUUUUCAAGGUUGAAUUGUUACGUUUCGAGGUUAUUCAUAUGUACGUGAACGAGGAAAUGUAGUUCAGGGCUAUAAUUUAUUUGUUGUCAAGAACAAACGUUCAAGUAUCUUACCACACUUCUCUACCAAAUUAAAAAACAUCGUAGAGCUUUAUUAAAGAUUUAUUGUUAACUUAUUAUUGUUCUU